AUACGUAAUUUCCGAUUGAAGACUUUUAAUUUGAGGCAUCCAGCUUGUGAGAUUUAUGAUCGAAGGGGAACGCAGUUGCAGAAAUUACGCAUAUGACGUGCAGCAUUUUCGUCGGCAUUUCUAUUUUGCUAUCUCCGUCAUAUCUUCCGCAAUUACAUUAUCGGAUACGUUCAACAUGCAUACACGUCACACAGCACUUGCAUUAGAGAAGCAUUUGCUCCGUUUAGCGGAAAUUUUAGCCGUUUAGUUGGUCUCUCCGAUCUACCGCGCUAUAAACUCGCGCUACUCCCGUCCGAGACGUGCGCGCCGCGAAAUGAGAUUGUCACUCUACCUCGCGUAUCCGAUGCUUUUGUUCGUUUUCGUAAAUUCGGAGUUGCGUUUCAACGUAAGCAGCUUCGUCAACGUGAUUCUGGAUCUGCGGAAAUUUUAUUCAGCGGCGACCGUCAUAUUCACUCAUCCCAGCGACAAGUACGGCGACUACGGAGAUCUGCGAAUCACGCACUUGGUACACACGUGCUCCAUUAUGUUGGGACGACACUACGUAGUUACGUUGAACGUUCACUUCAAGAAGAUACACAAAUCACUCAGGUACCAUCAUAAAAUAGUACAGCCUCUCGCCAUCGUUAUCAUGCCGAGUUACGACGGAUUUUUGGAGUUUAUGGAGGCCACCAAGACAUACGAAAUGUCCUUCCCGGUGUGGAUCGUGCUGUUCCUCUACACACCCGGCAACAACACCCACGAUUACUGCCACAAUCCAGUCGGCAAUCCCUUCAAUCUGGCGUUCGACACGCAAAUGCUGGUCAUCUGUCACGAUGACGAGAUCCUGCGCGAAUGGUACUCGGUCAAGGGCGAGACUACCAAGGUCUUCAAUCUGGCCAAGUGGGUGGACAACAAGGGAUUCAUUCCCCUGACGAAAUUGUCGCUGUACGAUCGGAAGAAGGAUAUGGAGGGGGUUGUCCUGCGAGCGGUCACUGUUAAGGAUGAGUCAGUUUCGCCGAAUCACACGAAAAAUUAUAUAGCUGGCUUGUACGGGAAGGUGUUGGACGAGCUCACGUAUUCUCUUAACUUUACCUUGCAAGUCGUAUCGGAGGUACACGAGCACGGUAUGUGGAAUAGGAAAAAUCAAACGUGGUCCGGCGUGAUGGGCGAGAUCGUGUCGGGUUAUGCGGACUUCGCCAUCGCCGAUAUGUCGAUGACGAGUCUUAGGGUACGCUACGUCGAUUUCACGCUACCCCUGAUAAUAUCUAGAAACAGUCUGUAUAUCAAAGAGCCGGGAAUUUGCGGCGUCAAAUGGUUCGGUUAUUUUCAGACCUUCCAUUCACGUACUUGGAUCGCGACUCUCACGCUAAUAGCGCUUAUACCGCUUCUGCUGUGCUUCAUGAAAAUAUGUCGCGGGUCUCGGAAUAUCUCGGACCUGAUAUCUGAUAACUUCAUCUACACCUGGGGUAUCUUCUGCCAACAGGCGCUUAUAGAUUUUCCACGGCCGUCGUCGUUACGCAUCGCGUACUUCACGAUAUUUUGCACGGCGGUACUGAUAUCGGCUUACUACUCGGCGGCAUUGAUAUGCUUUCUAACAGCAUGCGUCCGAGUUCUACCUUUUCGCACGAUAGACGAAUUCGUCAACGACGGCACCUUCAAACUAAUAAUUCAACGCGGCAGCGCCGACCACGACAUAAUCCUCGCGUCGAACGAAUCUUUCUCCUUGAAGUUGCUGAGACUGAUGAAAAAGGAAUCGGAGCUGCCGGUGACUUUAAUCGACGGUUUCACGCAAAUAUGUAACGAUAGGAAGCUCGCCUAUCUCGUGCUGAAUGCUUUGAAGAAGAGCGUGGAAAUGAGGAUACCGUGCAAAUUGUCUUCUGUCAGGACCGAAAGAAUAGACAACUUAGGCAUGGUUUUGUCCAAAGGUAAUCCAUACACAGGCGUGAUAAACUAUCAUCUGCAGAAAUUUUUGGACAAUGGCAUAUUAAUGCGUCUGAGGGAUACGCGAUUCUUAACGGAGUCGGUCGAGAGCAAGGCUUAUCAGCCGGUCAGCGCUGUUAACAUCGUCCCGAUUUUGUCUAUACUCUGCAUGGGUAUUAUUUUAAGCUUUGCUAUAUUGAUGAUAGAGAGUAUUCAUUACCGAUAUAAGAAAGAGAGAGAGAAAAGAAGACGUCACUUGAGAGCCUUCUAUCGCUCGAAGAAACAUCGGUUCAUUGUCAAGUAAUGAUCGAGCGUAUAAAACAAUUAACGGUUCCACUCAAUGUUAAUUCUUUGGUACUCGAUAUAAAAGUACAUUGCUUUCACGUCUGGUGUGUAUGUGUGUAUUUGUAAAUUUGCAACGUACACUUAAAUGAUACCAAAGAGAUAUCUAUUAAUUACUAUUAAUUACGUAUAUUAAUUAUGUGUGUAAAAUAUGCCGUAUCGCGUCUCCAUAUUCUAUGAAUUAAAAUACG